AUGUCUACGCCAGCUAGGAGGAGGUUGAUGAGAGACUUCAAAAGAAUGAAAGAAGACUCGCCACCAGGCGUAUCUGCGUCGCCGCUACCUGAUAAUGUGAUGAUCUGGAAUGCAAUGAUUAUCGGCCCCGCAGAUACGCCGUAUGAAGAUGGAACGUUUAGAUUAUUACUAGAAUUCGAUGAAGAAUAUCCAAAUAAACCGCCGCACGUCAAAUUCUUGAGUGAGAUGUUCCAUCCUAACGUGUAUGCCAAUGGUGAGAUUUGCUUGGACAUUCUUCAGAAUAGAUGGACUCCGACAUAUGACGUUGCAUCGAUUCUAACGUCAAUUCAGUCGUUAUUUAAUGAUCCCAAUCCUGCAUCGCCUGCUAACGUUGAAGCAGCAACUUUAUUCCAGGAUCACAAAUCUCAGUACGUGAAACGUGUGAAAGAGACCGUAGAAAAGUCAUGGGAAGAUGAUAUGGAAGACAUGGCAGACGAAGACGAAGAUGAAGAAUGA